AUGGCAACCCGUAGAGGCAUUCAAUCAACUGAAAAGCCUCGUUCCGUUUACAAAUAUCUUUCGGACCUCGGAUUAUCCGACACCCAAAUUAAAUCAGCCGUUCGAAUCACACCCCAAAUCGCGUUUUCCAGCAUUGAGAAAACACUGAAGCCAAAGAUCGAGUUCUUACAGAAUCUUGGCUUUGUUGGCUCAGAUUUGAACAUUGAUGCCAAUGUUGAGAUUCUUAAGAAUGUUUUGCCCAAGGGUACGUGUAAUGACGAUCUCCCGAAAGUUUUGCGGCGAUGUUCUGAUGUACUUACGAGAUCCCCGUAUAAAGUGUUGUCUGUAAAUAUCAAUUACUUACGAAGUUGUGGGAUUGUUGACUAUCAACUCUCUACGUUAUUGAAGCGACAACCUGCACUUUUUAUUAUGCAUGAAUCUCGACUUAAAGAUUUUGUUUCAAUGGCUGUAAAGGCUGGGUUUUCUCCCAACGGUACAAUGUUUAUUCAUGGACUUCAUUCUAUCAGUAGUAUAAGUAAUGCAACUUAUAAGAAGAAAGUGAAGCUGAUUUGUAGUUUUGGAAUAACUGAGAAAGAAUGUAUGAGAAUGUUUAAUUCGGCUCCUGUUUUGAUGAGGACUUCCGUUGGUAAACUUGAGGUUGGUCUAGAAUUCUUCAUGAAUGAGGCAAAAGUUAGCAAAUCAGAUAUUGUUCGUAAUCCUUUUUGUUUGAUGCACGCAAUGCAUGGAAGGGUGCUCCCUCGUUAUAGAGUUCUAGAGGUUCUGAAGUCGAAGAGGCUAACGAAGAAGCUCCCGAAGUUGAUCGAUUCAUUGUGGAUGCCUGAUGAGGAUUUCUUAGAUAAAUUCGUUCGUAGGUUUCCUGACAAUAUGAAUGAUUUGUUUGAGGCCUUUAGAGGUAAUUCGAGGAGAUAG